GGCCGUUGACGAAAGAUCGCAGUAUGUAGUGAGACGCGGUCGCGAUAGUCUGUUCAUCGGUCUCUUAAUAUGAAGUACGCUACACCAGGGAAAAACGUUUGUACGUAAUACGUAAUAAUUCAUUGUAAAUCCGACCAAAAUGAAUCGUGUCCUCGAGGAACGAAGAAAUUAUAUGCAGAGCGAAAAUGCUCUAACACAAGAUACCAAAAAGGAAAUGGUUCAUAUUGAUGGGAAGCUCAAAUUAAACAAUGACGAGUCAAAAUCAUUAAUUGCUGACUUAUUUCCUUGGAUGUUAGAAUUUAGAAAAAUGUGCAGAUGUAUACAUGCAGAGAAAAGUAUGACAUCAUUAACAAAACUUAUGGAAUUUUAUGCAAGAAAUGUAAGUAUUAGUGUAAAUGAAUGUUAUACAAGGCCUUUAAGAGCUGCAAAAUUAAAGGAUUCUAUUAGUGAGACUCUACUGUUAUUUAUGUACAUAUAUCGUGAGGUUUCUGAGGAUUGCAAUAGAUCUAUUUAUUUAAAUAAUAUGUCAGAUUUAUUAGCAUUGUACAUAGACAUGGAACUGAAAGCAUCAAGAAAAAGUAAAGAGGAACAUGAGAAAAUUAGCGCAAGGCUCACUUCUUGUCUUUACGUUUAUCUAGAACAUUCCACGCAAUAUUUACUCGAUACAUUAAUGAAAAUACAAUUCAUGUGUCGUAAUUACCAUCAUAUUUUAGAUCCAAUAAUAACGAAAAUUAUGAAAAAUAUUCCUAUGCAUCCAGAAUCAAGUACUAUGUAUCUUCGUUAUUUUCUUGUUUAUCGUUUAUGGAGAAAAAUAAAUGAAGAUGUAGCUGUAAGAAAUCGGAUAACGGCUGCUGCGAUUGUAUCUCUGGGGCCAGUGCCAUCUACAUUCUCACCAUGUACAUUAGAAGAUGUAUUGCCAAAAGUGCCAAAGAGUCAAUCAAAUUCUACGAAAACUCUGUUACAGCAUAAAUUUGACAUUAAAAGACAUUGUGAACUCUUUGUACAAUAUUGCAAAGAAAAGGAAGGAGGUAUAUGCCAGAAGGACGGACCUGCAACUUCCAUUGAUUCGUCCAGUAGAGUUAAUUCACAAACGCCGGAAGAUAGUGCUUGUAAAGAUACAGAGUAUAUAGAAAGUAAUGUAAAUUCAAUUAUAGUAGAUAAGAAUAAGCAUAAUGAAUCUAUUUCUUUGCUAAAAACUUUUAAAUCUAUAAAUUUGGAAGAACAAAGUAGUUUUAAAUGUUUAGAAACUUUUUCGAAUAAUAUUUCUACAAAGCUUACUAUCCCUAAAACAAUUAAAUUGAAUAAAAAUCGUUUGCGCAGGAAUUGUAAAAAGUCCAAUGAAAUUGUAAUUAUAGAUUUGACUAGUGAUACAGUAUUUGAAAAAUGCAUAAAAAGAAGAAAAUCUAGAAAACUACCAUGGUUGGAGGAGGCUAAAAAGAGAAUCGACCUGAAGAUUGCAAAAGCAUCACAUAAAACAAGAGAUCAGAAGAAAAGCAAAGAAGAGAAUAUUGAUGACACACAUUCAUCCAACAGUUCAAGACCAGUCAAUCGCCAGUUGGAAGAUAUAUCACAAUUAAUACAUACAUCAGAAGAUGCCAGUUUAAGACAUAAUUUAAGUACUUGUUGGACAGUGGAUACUAAAAAUACUGAGAGUAAAUUAGAAAUUGAGAAUAAAUUAAUAGAUUAUACAGAAAAUGUGAAAAAAUCAACUCACAUUGAAAUUGAUUCUAAGAAAACAAAUGUUCAAACGUCUUGCCCAAUGCCAUUACUCCAAAAUGAGAGUAAUUUUUCAACACAAAAAACAUUGAAUUCCACUGUCAAUGAUAAUUACAUGAAUGAUUGCAUAAUCUCAAAAACCGAAAGUAAUGAGAAGGAAAACGAUAGAAAUAACGAACAAACUGUGAUCAAGCGAUUGAUGGAAACAAACAUUUUCUCAGAGCCUGAUACACAUGAAAGAGCUGAAAGUUUCAAAAUAGUCUGUGAUUUAGGAACAGAAUGCCCAAGUGUAAAUAGUACUGCGAUAUGUACUCGGUACAAUCCCAAAGAUAAUGCUGUUAAUUCUAAUUGUUCUAAUCUUAAUAUAAAUAAUGAUAGAGUAACUGAAAGGGUAAUAUCGUCAAUAAUAAUGGCAGAAACCGCCUCGAAAAAUAAAACUGCAAUUGAACAAACUUGUACGCCUAACUUUUUCUAUAAUACGAUUAAUUCCGAAGGACAAAGUGAAGAAUUGUUUACACCUCAAGAAACCGAUAAACGUGAAAUGAUUUGUACCGAAGUGAUAGAAGACGUUUCUAAAAACUUUCUUGCAGAAGGUUUCUUACAAGAUAAUGAACAACAGGAGUCACUACCAGCAUCCACACAGAAUUCAAGUAUACAAGGUAAAUUUGAAUUGCAAACUGAAAUAAAAUCACCAAAAUGUACAAAUGAAGUGGGCUAUAUGAAAAAGGAGGAGUUUUGUGAACAAACAGCAUUAGAAAUUUGUGAUUACAAUGAAGUGAAGUGUAUAAGAGAAGAUAAAACAAGUGUCGUUAAUAUCAGAGAAUCUAUUUUCGGAUCUUAUUCUACGGAUAAGAAAGAUAUUUCUAAUAAAGUUAACAUAACAUGCCCAAAUACAAGUUUUAGCGAGUCCAUAAAAAGUGUAACAAAUGACAAGUAUGAUCAUAGUCUUGAUAAGACAGAUGUUCCUAGUGAUUCCGAUUUAUCAUUGGAAAUAACACCAAAAAAGGAGUCUAACAAGUUAUACAGAAAAGUGGAAGAUAAACAAAUGUGUGGCACUGUUCAGAAUGAAUAUGUUGUUCAAGACCCUAAUCUGCAAGACAAUAUCGAUGGUCUUUCUCUGUUAGCCAGUGUUUCACAACACAUACCACAUUUGAAGCCAGAAACUGAAAUGAAGUGUGACCAAAUCAAGGUGAAAGAUUAUGCUUCUUUGAGGUACACCUGCUGCAGUCAGAUCACCAAUGAUGAAACUGAAAAUGAUUCAUCAAAUCUUGUCUCUCAGUUACUUGAAAAUCCAUCUACAGAGAUCAUUAACAGAAUUGUGGGCGUUUAUCCUGAAGACUCAUUAAACAAGGUAGCUUUUCAUGUAGAAGUGACGUCGAAUGACACAGAGACUGAGAAUGCUAACAGAGGAUUGUAUAAUAAUUUAGCACCUGUGGAAAACAACAUACAAACCACAAAAGAAAAUACUAAUGUUAUACUGAAUGGAGAGACUGUGGUAUUGCUACAGAAGUCGCCAAACAGCAAUUUGUAUAUUAUAAAUAAAGCAGUAGAGAACUCGAAGGAUCACAAUGACGAAGACAUUAGCAGACUGAAGGACAAGAAUUGGAUAUCAUCUACAGAAGAAUGUGGUUCAUUUGAAGCAAUUACUUCGGUAGAUCAUGUGUCAUAUAACUUAGAACUAACUGCGUAUAACAAAGAACUACAGUAUCAGGAGAGCAAGUGUUCAAUGGGGCGAGGAAUUAAGGUGGAACUAGAAGAAAACAGUUUCUCGGAUAGCAAGUUGUAUACUAAGAAAGUAGCUACAGAUAUGAUUUCUGUUAAUUCAUCAAUGUAUCAAGACGUGAACAUAACCAGCAAAUCACUGGACAAAUUAAAAUCUUCCAAAUCAAGUUUAUCAUUGAGACAAAAUAUUAAGCAGGAGUUAAGUAUAUCCAAUCAUUGUGCAAUUUCAGGGUGUAACAGUAUUCAUUCGCAUCCUCACGAAGUGGAUAGUUCUCAAUUACAUAUUCCUGUAACUCAUCCAACAACUUUGCCACCUAUUUACGGAAACUGCGCUAGUAGUGCAGACUUGUGUGUGUCAUGUCAUAAUCAUUGCAGCUCAGUGUCAUGUGGUUUACAAAUCAACACCAAUAGUUCGCUUCAUUCGCAUGCGAAAUCGAGUAGUCCAUGCGGGCGAUCGCAUUGUUCGUGUCUGAACUGUACAUACGAUAUCGUCACACGUUAUAGACAAUGCAUUCAUCCAGCCACGGACACUCACGUAUCUUGCAUUGAAAGUAGUUCGUAUUUUCUGCCGACGCAUUCGUCGGUGCAAAAUUCCACCGUCCAGGAACAUGACAGAACGAAAAGCGAAGUGGUUAUGAACAAAUUGUACGACGAUCAAUUGUUCUGUAAAAUAGAGAAAAGUCUGCCCCAAAGUAGCCAAUUAGACAAGCUAGAGGUGCAGCGCGAUCCAGAGAAGGUGUUUAAAAAGGACUCCGAUAAUAUGUUACCUUUGAAAAAGAGAUUAAAAGCGCAUGCCAUGGCAUACACAGAAAUGGCAAUUAAGGCCGAAAAGGUAGACAAUUAUCCGGCUGUACCCAUGAUGUCGAUAGCAGCUUUGGAAGCAUUGGAUAAUACUCAAAAACGGUCUGUUCAAAUGGUUAAAUCUGAGUACGAAUUGUCUCCAGGGAAGAAAGAUCAUCAUGAUGGAUAUUGCAAUUCAAAUUUAGUGCGGAGGGAUUACUAUAAAGACUUACACGUGUCUGGUACACAUCAGAAUCACGCAAAGGAAAGCAUGAGAAAGCUGGAACGUCAAUUUCGAUCAACUAAUGAUCAGUCUAAUGCAGUGUAUCAAGAGACUUGCCUUCAAAGAUCAUUUAAAACACCAGCGCAACGGAAAGAAAUUAAUAUAUUGAAUGGAAUGCCAUUGAAAAGAAUGAGUACUCAGUCUAUAGAACAGGAAGAAGAAACAUUAAAAAAAAUUAAGAAAACACAGUCGCCUCUACGACAAACAAGAAGCUCAAAAAGAAACGUUCCUAAAGUUAAUUAUUCUUACACCGAUGUCGAUCCAGAAUGGAAUCCGUCCGGUGAGUCGAAACGCAAACGUAAAAAGACUAGUCGAUGAUCAAUACCUCUUCAUUACGAAGAUUCAUUAACGUAGGGAGUGCUUUGAACAUAGACGAAGAAGUAUACAUUACCCUGUAAAAUUGUGGCAUUGUAUAAAGUGUAAAUAAUAAUAUAGAUGAAGUAAAUUGUUUUUUGAAAAUACUGGAUACUUAUAUCCAGCACAACAUCCGAAGAUUAACCAGUGAAAAUUUGCCGAAAAAUUACAGAAUCUCGACAUGGAAGAUAUAACAAAUAUUUUGUUAGUUAUAGUGAGAUAAAUGCAAAAAGGGAUAGACAAGUCUUUACUCUUCAUAGUGUAUUCUAUAUAGAACUACACAGUAUUACAUACAAUUUUGUUCUAUUUCUAUUAGUAGUACUUAAGUUUAGUCACAGCUACUUUUAUUUAAACUAAACAACUUAUCAUGUUUCAUAAAACUGUUAAAUUUUUUUUUACAUAUAUCAUAACAUAAAAAAUAAUUUUGUACAUACUUACGUACAUAGAAAGUAAGAAUAAUUGCACACUGAAGUUAUUACGUUACUCUCAUACUUAAGGUUAAUUAUUUCCUCACCUUUGAAUACUUCAGAAGAGCAUUUAACUCAGGAGAAAGUGGUGUCAAUAACUUGCCAAAUCACAUAAGAGUAAUUGAAUCGCUAUACAACAGCAGAAGUAACAAGAAACACCAACUACUUUCAA